ACUCUGUGACCGACAGACGGACAGACUGAGGAGGUAUAAGAGCCCUGAAGUGAGCCGAGAGAGUGUCUUUGUUUCUACAGUCUGAACAUGAUGCGGACACUGGUCCUCCUGCUGCUUCAGGCAGCAUACGUUUUUGGAUGUGGCGUACCUGCCGUCCAGCCUAACACCAACAACAGGGUGGUGAAUGGAGAGGAUGCUCGUGCCCACAGCUGGCCAUGGCAGAUCUCCCUGCAGGUGAAGCACGGCAGCCGUUACCAUCACACUUGUGGAGGGACUCUGAUUGGGCCUCGCUGGGUGCUGACGGCCGGACACUGCAUAUGGCCCGGAGACGUGUACCGUGUGGUCCUGGGAGAACACGACAUGACCCUGCAGGAGGGCACAGAGCAGAUCAGAGAUGUCCUGCGCAUCAUCGUCCACCCCAACUGGGACAUUGACUUUGUGGCUGAUGGUAACGAUCUCGCCCUGCUGAAACUGGAUAAGAGCCCCAUUAUGAAUGACAGCGUCGGCGUGGCUUGUCUCCCAGCGGCCGGAGAGAUCCUCGCCCAUGGGACAUCCUGUUACAUCUCCGGCUGGGGAAACCUCUACACUCACGGUCCUAUGCCUGACAAGCUGCAGCAGGCCUUGCUGCCUGUGGUGGAGCACAGUGUGUGCACGCAGAGCGACUGGUGGGGCGGCACCGUGAAGAGCACCAUGGUCUGCGCAGGAGGAGACGUCGUGUCCGGGUGCAAUGGAGACUCUGGAGGCCCUCUGAACUGCCUGGGUCAGGAUGGUAGGUGGUACAUCCAGGGUGUCACCAGCUUCGUUUCCAGCCGCGUCUGCAACGAGGUGAAGAAGCCCACCGUCUUCACCCGCACGUCCGCCUUCACCGACUGGCUCAGUGACGUCAUGCUGCACUACUGAGGAUCCGCUGGACACCGGCUGAGCAGCUCCUAAAAAAUAAUGAGCUCCCAAGUCCCAGAAUUUUCUCUGUUCAUUUCACCCGAGACUCAGAGCAACGCGUCUGUCAUCGCCGAACAACGCAGACAAUAAAAAGAUCCAAAAUAUUUAAACCACA